AUGGAGGCCCACGAGUCAAUACGAAGUGGGCUCACACCUUUGGGCCGGGCUCGAGAAUGGCCCAGAGAAUUGCAGUUUCGCCCGCCCGCGCGCGCAGUUCACCAGCACUUCGCGGCGCCCGAGUCCCCGACAGAUCUCUCUCUCGCCUUCUCCGAAUCCAUCUUCGACAGCUCUUCAUUUCGCUGUUCCGGCGUUGUUGUUGGUGUCGGAGGGCUGGCGACAGCGACAGUUACACGCUCGAACUCAAGCCGGAAGAAGUUCUCCGAGUCGGCGUCUGAAGAGCUUUCGCGUGUUUUGCUGUUGCUUCGAUGGUCCGGAGCUACUCGAUUUCGUUAUGCCAGGCUGAACGAGCGCCGAUCAAUGCAUUCGCUAGAUGCUCUGAGGGCUCUGACCCGGCUUGAAAGCGGGUUGUUCUCUCGUUCAUUCUCCUCUGGAUGCGAAAGGAGAUGCUAUCCACCAUGGAAGUACUUGGGCUUGCCAAAAAGGAUAGGAUUUGAUGUAAUUGCAGUUCGUACAAGGAGGUCAAAACUUGUGGUCAAGGCAGUUGCUACGGAAUGGCCGGAGCGGUUGGCUCUAAUCGAUGGUGAUCGGCAAGGUGAACUAAAUGGAAAGCUGGAGAGUUCUAGUCCAGCCAUUAUUCAGAUCGAGGCAGCAGCUGAAGAUUCAAUGGAAGAGUUUGAGAGAGAAAACUUACGGCGCACAAGGAUUUCUAGGUCCAACAAAGGGAAAGCACCAUGGAAUAAAGGCAAAAAACACAGUGCUGAAACUAUCCAGCGGAUCCGAGAGAGGACAAAGCUUGCAAUGCAAAAUCCUAAGGUGAAAAUGAAGUUAAAGAAUACGGGACAUGCACAGAGUGAAGAGACAAGAAUGAAAAUUGGGGCCAGGGUGAGAAUGGGGUGGCAAAGACGCCGUCGAGGGUUGAUGAUGCAGAAAACAUGCUUCUAUCAAUGGCAGAACCUUAUUGCAGAAGCUUCUCGAAAUGGUCACCUCAUAGGUCUAGAGGAGCUGCAAUGGGAUACGUAUAAUAUUUUGGACAGACAGCUUGAGCAGGAGUGGUUGGCAAGUGUUCAGGAACGCAAAUCAAUGCCUAGGCCCAAAGGUAGCAAGAGAGUACCAAAAUCCCUGGAGCAAAGGAGGAAAAUCGCCAAAGCAAUUGCUGCAAAGUGGGAAGAUCCUGAAUACCGUAAUAAGGUUUAUUCUGGGAUGGUAAAACAUUAUGGUACACCUGUUAGAGCUCAGAGAAAGUCGAGAAGAAGGAAAAUUGACACUCUGGAGUCUAGAAAGAUGGACCCAGCAGAGAAGAGACCAGACGAUACCGAAAUUGCUUUUAGGAGUGACACUAGAGUUGAUCUCCAGCAAUCGAGAUUGAGGAGAAGCAAGAUGCCCCUGUAUAAGGACCCUCUGGUAAGUUCAAAGUUGGGAAUGAUUAAAAAUAUUAGAGCUGAAAGAGAAGCCAUGGAUACCAAGGCAAUUGAAGCUGUUGAACAAGCAAGAGUAUUGAUUGCUCAAGCUCAGAAGGCUGCAAAAGCUCUCGAGGUGGCUGCAAGGACCAAUGCCAUAGCUCGAGAUUCUCUCUUGGAAGCAAGACGGAUGACAGCUGAAGCAGCUAAACUGAUCAAAUCCAUAGAAACUGGGCAAAGGCUUUCCGGUGAGAAUGAAACACUUGUCUCAGAUGCUGUGACUGAAAUGGUUGGCAAAAUUGGGAAGGGAACAAUUGCAAGUUCUACAAACAUACCAAAUCACGGAUGGGUUAAUGGAAGCCAUGAACUUGUAUCUGGCAGCAAUGAAAACUUUGAUUUUAGCAACUUCACGUGGCAGAGUGCACUAGGCGAUGGAGAGAUACUUAGUCCAGAAGGUUCCAGUUUUGGUCAACCCAAGUGGAAGCCUCCGAUGAAGAAUUCGCAUCCAGCUCAGCAACGUGAUCAAAUGGGAGCAAUUGGGAAGGUGAAAUGCCAAGGUCAGGCUAAGGCGGAAAAGCCAAUAGCACUGAGAGCGCAGAAGGUUACGAAGAAAUGGGUUCGAGGAAGGCUUGUUGAAGUGACGGAGUUGACGUAGUUUCACCUUACAAGGCAUCCAUCCAACCGUGGGGAUUCUGACUGUAGGUUUUACGAUGCAUCGACAGUAGUUCCAAGUUCCAAGUUCCAAGUCCCAACUCCGGCUGCGUCGGUAGCAGUAGGUGCCUCAUGAAGAAAGUAACUGCAGCCGCUACAAUAUGGGAGGUCCAUUCCUUGUUCACCAACAUUCCGAAGCGCUCUUCUUUUCCCUCCUUUCAGGAUCAGGAACUUUGCCGAUCUUUGAUGAGGCUUUGUUACCACGAUUUUUGACGCAUUUGCGGCAUAUGUAUAAUAGUCAUCAUCUCCCCUUCUGAGUACA